AUGGAUCAAAAUUUAAAAAUUAGAUUUUAUGAACUUUUAAUUAUAAGUGUGAUAGUUUUGACAUUAAUACUACAAAUCAAAGCUCAAUCUCAGACUCAACCAGAUAUCUCAAGUAUGGCGGUUAUUACUCUUACUUCACAUGCUAGUUCUCCUAGCGCUGGUUCUAAAUCUGAAGAACCAUUAGUAUCAUUAGAUGGUCUUAAGCCUUUAAUUAUUACGGCUUCAUGUGUGGCUGGAAUUGUUGUCAUUACACUAGUAGUAUGUAUAAUUAGAAGGGUAGUGAAUAAACGCCGUAGGCACAAAAGCGAUAGUAAUUAUUAUGAUGAUUCUCACAAUGGUGAUGGAAAAGGAUAUACAAAUUAUAACAGUGUUGAACGAACGAUCAUAAUGGUCAUAAUCAAAGAGGAAGAAGAAAAGGAAGUUUCAAAAGUAGCAAGUGAAACGGACAUUAUUUUGAAAGUUCAAAGUGAUAAUGACAGCAGCGAUCACAAAUAA